CCAGGGAAGAUGUCGUCUCUGGCAGUGAAAGCCCGUUGUCUGGACAAAAGAGGAAGUUUCUUUAAGCUCAUUGAUACAAUUGCCUCAGAAAUCGGAGAACUGAAGCAAGAGAUGGUACAGACAGAUCUCACAGUGGAAGAUGAAUCUGCUGAUUUGCAAAGUCUAGUAAAGGACAUGGAUAAUGUCUCUCCUGAGAAAAAGGAUGUAAAAAGCUGCCCCCGUGACUCUGGAUAUGACAGUCUAUCUAACAAGCUAAGCAUAUUGGACAAGCUCCUCCAUACUCACCCUGUGUGGCUGCAGCUUGGUCUGAAUGAUGCUGAAGCCAUGGAAAUUCUGCAGGCCCAGCCUCCUGGGAUAUUUCUGGUUAGGAAAUCUGCAAGACUGCAGAAGAAAGUUGUCUCUCUGCGUCUGUCCAAUGACUGUGGGUCCUGCCUAAAAGAAUUUGCAAUAAAAGAAAGCACAUACACAUUUUCCUUGGAGGGAUCUGGAAUAAGUUUUGCUGAUUUAUUCAGGCUCAUUGCUUUCUACUGUAUUAGCAGGGAUGUCCUUCCAUUCACCCUGAAGUUGCCUCAUGCUAUUGCUGCAGCAAAGACAGAAGCUGAACUUGAAGAGAUUGCUCAACUUGGACUGAGCUUUUGGAGCUCCCCGGCUAACAGCAGCCCCCCAGAUACUUCGCCUCCCCAAAGGCCUGUGCCUUUGGACCCUGCUUGUAAAGACUCGCGUCAGCUCUGCCUUAUAAAUGGAGUGCAUUCUAUACGAACGAGAACGCCUUCGGAACUGGAGUGCAGCCAGACCAACGGAGCGCUGUGUUUCAUUAAUCCCCUCUUCUUAAAAGUGCACAGCCAGGAUGUCGGUGGAAGUCUGAAAAGGCAGAGCCCAAGAACUCAAGACGUGAAUGGCACAGCGAGGCCUCGCUCCCCCCCGCCCCGGCCGCCACCUCCUUCUAUUAAUAGCGUCCUCACGAGUCCGCAGCUUUCCAGGACUAUAAAGCAGGCGAGCAUGCCAGAAACAGUCAGCCAUAAGAAGGAGAGAGGCUUGGAUUCGCUGCCGAGUAAACCAACCCCAAUUCCGCCUCCUCGGCUGAAGAAACAGGCUGUUUGCCCGGAGGGGGAAGGUGGCUCCAAGGCCGUGGCAGUCGCUCGCCCUGGCUGCAACUCGGUGCCUGUGCCCGAAGCUGCUGGUGCUCCAGGUGAAGCCCUGCCCGAGCCGGCUCCUGCAGCCGCCAGAAAGGCGGCAGCCGCCAGCUCUGAGUCACACAUUGGGUGGGAUGGAGGCAGGCAGAGGCUGAGCGACAUGAGCAUUUCCACCUCCUCGUCUGACUCGCUGGACUUCGACCGGAGCAUGCCGUUGUUUGGCUAUGAGGGGGACACCAACAGCAGCCUGGAGGAGUUUGAGGGGGAAAGCGACCAGGAGAGCAUGGCACCCCCUUUGAAGCCCAAGAAGAAAAGAAACAGCUCGUUUGUCCUCCCCAAGAUUGUGAAAUCUCAGCUACGCAAAGUCAGUGGAGUUUUCAGUUCCUUCAUGACCCCUGAAAAGAGGAUGAUUAAGAAAAUUGCAGAGAUGUCCCAGGACAAACGCACUUACUUUGGAUGCCUGGUGCAGGACUAUGUCAGCUUUCUGCAGGAAAACAAGGAGUGCCAUGUUUCGAGUACUGAUAUGCUGCAAACGGUUCGGCAGUUCAUGACCCAAGUCAAGAACUAUUUGUCCCAAAGCUCUGAGCUUGAUCCCCCAAUUGAGUCGCUGAUUCCAGAGGACCAGAUCGAUGUUGUCCUGGAGAAGGCCAUGCAUAAGUGUAUUCUGAAGCCGUUGAAGGGCCACAUCGAAGCGAUGCUGAAAGAGUUUCAUACUGCAGAUGGUUCUUGGAAACAGCUAAAAGAAAACCUGCAGUUGGUGCGGCAGAGGAGUCCUCAGGACCUGGGCGUGUUUGUUCCAACACCAGACUUUGUGGAUGUUGAAAAGAUCAAAGUCAAGUUCAUGACCAUGCAGAAGAUGUAUUCACCUGAAAAGAAAGUGAUGCUGUUGUUGAGAGUUUGCAAGCUGAUUUACACUGUCAUGGAGAAUAACUCAGGGAGGCUGUAUGGAGCUGAUGACUUCCUGCCUGUAUUGACAUAUGUACUAGCCCAGUGUGACAUGCUGGAGCUGGAUACUGAAAUUGAAUACAUGAUGGAAUUGCUGGAUCCCUCUCUGCUGCAUGGAGAAGGAGGUUAUUACUUGACAAGUGCUUACGGGGCACUUUCACUCAUCAAGAACUUCCAGGAAGAACAAGCUGCCCGGCUGUUAAGUUCAGAAACCAGAGAUACUCUCCGGCAAUGGCACAAGAGGAGGACAACUAACAGGACGAUACCUUCAGUUGAUGAUUUUCAGAACUACCUUCGUGUUGCAUUCCAGGAAGUUAACAGUGGAUGUACAGGGAAGACCUUGCUAGUAAGACCAUAUAUCACUACUGAAGAUGUAUGUCAGCUUUGUGCUGAAAAGUUUAAAGUGGACAAUCCAGAAGAAUAUAGUCUGUUUCUUUUUGUUGAUGACACCUGGCAGCAACUGACAGAGGAUACCUACCCUCAGAAAAUUAAGGCAGAGUUGCACAGCCGUCCACAACCCCAGGUCUUUCACUUUGUCUACAAGCGCAUUAACAGCGAUCCAUAUGGUGCCAUUUUUCAAAACAACGAUGACUCAGCUUCUUAAAAUCAGCAACUCGCCAUUUUAAUUUCUUUUCCUGGUUAGCUGUUGGAAAGAUCCUUGAUGGCUGCCUUCCUUAGGAGCUAAACCAGGUC